AUGGAACUGGACAGUGAGGAUAGCAAGGCGGGACAGACUGUUGUCGUUUCCAAAAGUAGAGGUAGCUCUCUGAGCAACACCACCAAUCCAUUUCUGGACCCUUUUGUGGCCAGCUACUGGACCAAGGUCUACAAGGAUUGUCAGUAUGAAUGCAGAGAACGGUUUGAUCCUGAGUUCACGUGGACUCCCGAAGAGGAGCGUAAUUUAGGGUGGAAGCUUGAUAUGAAGGUGACUGCGCUUGCCUGCUUCAUGUUUGUUGCGUUGCAAGUUGAUAGGGGCAAUUUGGCCCAGGCCGUUGCAGACAACCUCCUGGAAGACUUGGGCCUCACCACAGACAUGUACAACAACGGGAACACCAUUUUUUUUAUCACUUUCAUUGUCAGUGAGGUCCCCUCGUCGUUGAUUUGCAAGAAAUUGGGUGUCGACCGGUGGGUGCCAUUUCUGAUGGUUUCAUGGUCUCUGGUGGCGAUUUUGCAAUGCAAAAUGACCAACAAGCAUUCUUUCUACGUGACCAGAGCGUUCCUAGGACUUCUGGAAGGCGGGUUCACUCCUGAACUGGUCCUGUGGAUGUCAUAUUUUUUCACUUCCAGCGAGCUGUCGAUCAAGCUGUCCUACUUCUGGACAGCUUUGUCUCUGACUCAAAUCGGAACGGCACUGAUGGCUUACGGGAUUCUGCGGAUGCGCGGUAUUCUGGGAAUGGCAGGCUGGCAGUGGCUUUUCAUCAUUGAAGGAGUUUUCACGCUUCUCAUUGCGUUGGUGUCUGCCCUGGUGAUGGCUCCCUCUGUAGUGCAGACCAGACGGUUCUGGAACAAGAAAGGGUGGUUCUCUGAGCGAGAGGAGAAAAUCAUCGUCAACAAGGUUCUGAGAGACGAUCCGUCGAAGGGCGACAUGAACAACAGACAAGGAGUCACCGUCUCGAACCUGGUGUACGCUCUUUUGGACUACAACAUGUACCCUCUUUACAUUAUUGGAAUCCUGGCGUACAUUCCGCUGAAUCUGCUGACAAGCUACAUGACUUUGGUGCUAAAGAAUCUUGGUUUUACUACCCUGAACGCCGUCUUGCUCACCGUCCCCUACAGUAUUAUACACAUUAUUUUACUGAUUGCAAUCACCUGGCUGAGCGAGAAGGUGAACGAGAGAUCGCUUGUGUGCUGUCUAUUUGCGCUCUAUGAGAUCCCUCUUGUCGGCGUGCUGGCCUUUUGGAAAGACUCGAUGGUGAACAAAUGGGGAACAUGGACGGUGUGUACGCUCAUUCUGGGGCUACCAUAUAUCCACGCCAUUUGCCUGAGCUGGGUGUCGCGCAACUCGUGGUCCCUGAAGACCAGGUCUGUCUCCACGUCCCUCUACUACAUGUGUGCACAGAUCGGGUCUCUGAUCUCGGCCAACAUCUACCACGAAAGCGAUGCUCCGCUGUACAGAAAAGGAAACACGGUUCUGUUUUGGCUCUCGCUGGCCAUGUUGCCCGUUCUGCUUCUCACCAAGGCAUACUACAUGUAUGUGAACCAUGCAAGAGAGCGGCAGUGGCAGAUGAUGGAUCCGGCAGAGCGCGAAAAUUAUAUAUUGAAUACCACCGACGUGGGGUCUAAACGUUUGGAUUUUAGACUCGCGCAUUAA